UAAUAAUAUUUCGUCAGUCAUUAUAAGCAGCACAAUGUGCCUCUCUCCGCGUUACUACUCAGCCAGCAAUGCUGGUUAUUUACAUUGCUAACCAUGUACUGUCUGAGGUCGAUUGUGUUUUCAUUGCUGUUUGUGCUACUGUUGGCUGUUUUUAAUGUACACAGCACCAAUAUACCUCCACAUAUCCAACGCCAUGGCAUGGUGUACAAAUAUUCUCGUUUUUUCAGUUCAUUAAAACCUUUAGCCAUGUCUGAAAAAGUUGAGAAACGUAUUGAUGAUAUUGAAAAGUCUAUUGGAGACUCUCGGAUCUAUCGGGGAUUGGUGAUGAAAAAUGGUCUUACCGCUCUAUUGAUAAGUGAUCCCGAUACUGACAAGUCUGCCGCGUCUCUAUCAGUUGCAGUUGGUAGUUUGAGUGAACCUAAAGAUUUGCCAGGCUUAGCUCAUUUUUGUGAGCACAUGCUGUUUUUGGGUACUAAAAAAUAUCCAGUAGAAAAUGAAUUUACACAGUUUUUAACACAAAAUGGCGGAUCUUACAAUGCAUAUACUGCAAAUGAUCAUACAAAUUAUUAUUUUUCCACUAAAACAGAGUCAUUAAAACCAUCGUUGGACAGAUUUGCUCAAUUUUUCCUUGAACCUUUGUUUACAACAAGUGCAACUGAGAGAGAAAUUGGUGCUGUUAAUUCUGAACAUGAAAAAAAUGUUGCUGAUGAUUUUUGGCGUCUAGCACAGUUAGAAAAAAAUGCAGCUGAUCCAAAUCAUGCUUAUAACCAAUUUGGAACAGGUACAAAAGAGACAUUAUGGAAUCUUCCUAAUUCAAAAAACAUUAGUGUUCGUGAUCAACUAUUGGAGUUCCAUUCUAAAUGGUACUCUUCUCAUUUAAUGUAUUUAACUAUACUCGGAAAAGAGGAUUUAAAUACUUUGGAAGAAUUGGCUGUAUCUUUGUUUGGAGAUAUUGAAAAAAAAAAUGUAGAUAAGCCAUAUUGGAAAGAUCCAAUUUAUAAAGAAGAACAAUUGGCAACUAAGACUGUUGUAGUUCCAGUAAAAGAUAUUAGAGUGCUAUCUGUCAAUUUUCUUAUUCCUGAUCAAAGGCAAUACUAUAGAAGCAUGCCUAGCAGAUAUUUGAGUGCUUUAUUUGGCCAUGAAGGUCCUACAAGUAUUCUAACAGUUUUAAAAAAAAAAGGAUGGUCUAGUAAACUGUCAGCUGGUAAUAAAUUUGAAGCUAGGGGAAUUGAACUUUUUGAUAUUGAUGUAGAUUUAACAGAAAAAGGAGUUGAUCAUGUUGAUGACAUUAUUAAAUUAAUUUUUCAAUAUGUGAAUAUGUUAAGACAUGAAGGACCUCAAGAAUGGUUCCAUGAUGAAAAUAGUAACAUUAGUUCAAUGCAAUUUCAAUUUAAAGAUAAAGGUUCUCCUUUAGAUUAUGUUUAUCGAUUAUCUUCUCAUAUGAUAAAUUUCAAAUUAGAAGAUGUUUUAACAGCUGAAUAUCUAAUACGAGAGUGGAGACCUGAUUUAAUAGUAGAACUUUUAUCUUACUUUAGACCAGAUAACAUGAGAGCAACAGUAGUUUCCAAAGUAUUUGAAAACAAAACAGAUACUGUAGACAAAUAUUACGGAACACCAUACUCAAUAAUGCCAAUACCAACGGAGACUUUAAAUGAGUGGAGAAAAGAUGAUUUAUGCGAAGAUUUAAAAAUGCCACUAAAGAAUGAAUUUGUUGCUACAGAUUUUAAUUUAGUGCCAAUUGACAAAAAUGAACCAGGUCAUCCACAUAUUAUUCAUGAAUCACAUAUUUUGAGAUGUUGGUUUAAAACUGAUACAGAAUUCAGAUUUCCUAAAGCAUUUGUUUCAAUUGACUUUUUCAGCCAUAUUGUAAUGACUGAUCCAUUCCAUUGCAAUAUUAUGAGUCUUUUUGUAAGAUUAUUCAAUGAAGAUUUUUCAGAGUAUACAUGGGAUGCAACCAGAGCUAGUCUAAAUUUAAUCAUACAACCAAGUAGUUACGGUUUCAAGAUGCAAUUGAGUGGAUUUAAUCAUAAGUUGCAUAUUUUGCUAAAGAAAACUAUUGAUAAGCUUUUAACUUUCAAGAUAGAUCCUCUACGUUUUGAAAUUCUUAAAGAAGAAAAAAUUAGAGAUUUGAAGAAUAUUAACAUGGAACAACCUUAUCAUAGUGCAAUGAGGUAUAAUUCUAUAAUUUUAUCUGAAGAUGCAUGGGAUCCUAAUGAAUUAUUGGCUGCCAUUGAUGAUGUUAAUAUUAAAAACAUUGAGGAAUUUAUUGAAAAGUUCCUUUCCCAUAUGUUCAUGGAAUCAUUAGUAUAUGGCAAUAUAGAUAAACCUAAAGCAUUAGAACUUAUACAAAUACUAGAAACACCAUUUUUGGGUCGAAAUGGAUUCCGUAAAUUAUUACCACGUCAAAUGGUUAGGUCAAGAGAAGUACAACUUGAAGAUAGUGAAAGCGCAUUAUUCGAAACAACAAGUGAUCAUCACAGCAGCUCAUGUGUUUAUAUACAUUUACAAUGUGGAGUUCAGUCUAUAUUAAAUAAUAUGAUAGUUGGCUUAUUUAACGAAAUUAUCAAGGAGUCAUGUUUUAACACACUGCGUACACAAGAACAACUGGGGUACAUAGUGUUCAGUUCAUCAAGCAGAAGUCAUGGAGUACUAAAUUUGCGUAUUAUUGUACAAUCUGACCGUACUCCAAUGUAUGUUGAUACAAGAAUAGAAAACUAUAUAAACACUAUUGAGCAAUUAUUAAUGAAUAUGUCCGAAGAAGAAUUUAGCAAGUACAAAGAUGCUUUAGCUGUUAAAUUGUUAGAGAAGCCUAAGGGCUUAAUGAAACAAGCAGCUGUUUAUCAGAUAGAAAUUGACACACAAGACUACAAUUUUAACCGAGCACAAAUUGAAGUAGAAGCAUUAAAAUCAAUCGUCAAAAAUGAUAUUGUUGAAUUUUAUAAUGAUCAAAUCAGUCAAUCAGGGCCAAAACGACAUAAGUUAGCAGUACAUGUCAAAUCUACAUUAAAGAAUAGAAGCGUGGAAGAGGAUAAUAGUUUGAUACCAAACAACAAUAUCUCUUUAGUUAAGGAUAUAACAGAAUUUAAGAAGAAACAUAGACUGUUUCCAUUGCCAAGCCCAAUUAUACCUGUUGGACUCACAUCUACAAAAUCCAAGUUAUAAUACGUAUUUUAAAUUAUUUCUUACAAAAAUAUAUUUCUUGUAUUUUUAUACAUUUAAAUUAUAAUAAUUCAUAUCGAAUCAAAAUAAACAUAUAUUUUUUUUUUA